UUAAUAAUCCUAAAGAAAAGUGGCGCUCAACGUGAAGGGCCUCUGUGAGUAAAAUAAACACUCAUAGGGACUUACGAAUAGAACUUCAAAUUUUAUUAUUCUAAUCCUUUUAUCCAAAGGUCUGGCUAAAAGCAGAAGAUAGUGAGGAUAACAGUUAAAAUUACAUUAGUGUCUUUUCUGGCCAAAGCUAAAUUCUGGAUUUAUCCACAUCAUUUCCUACGAAACCAUCGGAGAAGUUAGUUAGUGCGCGAACACAGAACAAAUACAUCUGCGGUUAGUUGUCUGUCCGACUAAAAUUAACACCCAUGGAAAUCGUUUCUAUUCCUCUCGUAAUAAGGGUAUCGCUAGUCAAAAUUUAAUGGGAAUUUAGUGCACAAGCUUGCGAGCAGUGUAUUAACCUAAAAGUUAAUAGCGAAAACCCGAACUUUUAACUCUAUUUACUUUCCGAGAUAAAUAAAACAUUCCGUAGAUUCUGAUCUGGAAACAAAUGCUACAUUUUGUAGAAAGGGCAUUGACCAGGAUCAGUUAAAGGUGUUAUCAUCUCCCUCUAGGAAUUUCGAGUAAAGGGUAGUCCUCUAAAUAGGAAUUCGAACCCCUUGUAACUUUUGCGAAGAAAAUUAGUAAACUAAAAAAAAUCAAACCUGCGACAGGCGUGGCAUUAAGCUUGAGUUCAGUUUAGAUACCUUUUAUAUUUCUUGAGAAUUUGUUUGGUUGUUGCUAUUUUUGGGUUUUUUUAAGGCGUUAGUAAAAUAUCUAAAAAAAUUUUAAAAUGGGUUUGGACCGGUCCCCGGAAAAGAUGGCUUCUGGAGAAAGCUCAAAGCCUGUGUGUUCCAUUUGCAAGGCUGAGAUCGAAACGGCAGCCGAGUCCUCAAGAACAACCUGUAAUCACGAGUUCCAUAGGCGGUGUAUAGAAUCCCAUUUUCAAAAAAGCAGACUCUGUCCGGUUUGCAAAUACCAAUGUGGGCCAUCUGGGAGUAAGGCGCCGGACGCACGCGAAACCCGGUCAAGAUCUCGUAUGCAACAAUCAGAACCUACGAGGAGUUUAGCCGCUAGCGAUCCGUAUAUCAGCGCUAAUGCUGAGGGGAAUGUACACGAGAGGGGGCGCAAUCCCAGCACUUUGCUGUCUACCAGCUCCUCAAGACCCGUAGAAGCUGAUAUGAUCGUAAACGAUCUGACGUUAUUAGAAGUGGAGAGACGACUCUCAGUUAUGUUGUCCGAAAGGCUAGAAGACUGCGUAGGAGCCUGUCUACAAAAACUAUUGGGAACGCCGAAUGGUUCCUCGUCCAAUGAUGCAGGCACUGCUCAGGCGAACGAGGGCGAAAGACAAAGGAGAAAUAGUGAAAUAGCUACCGAUAAUAGAGAUUUACUCACGUUAGAAAAUACUUCCUUCAACCGGAAUAGGACAGGACCGACGGUAGCAUCACCAAGGUCACAACAUAGCAGAGUUAGCGAGUUGGAGCAAAGACCAGAUAAAGUAGCUCAAAUCCUAAACAGUUGGAGAAUAAAAUAUUCAGGAACCGGUGUAACGGUGGACAACUUUAUAUACCGAGUUGAAGCCCUUACGCAUCAAACUUUGGAAGGGAAUUUCGGGAUACUAUGCCGGUAUGCAAAUGUCUUGUUUGAAGGCAAAGCAAAUGAAUUUUAUUGGAGAUUCCACAAGUCGGUUGGUGUAGUUCGUUGGGACAGAUUAUGCGAGGCUCUGCGAAUGCAAUUUAGGCAAGGAAGAGAUGAUGGCGAUAUCGAGGAGCUAAUACGGAACCGAAAGCAAAAACCCAAUGAAAGCUUUGAUAGUUUCUUUGACAGCAUCUCAGUGUUAACAGAUCAGCUCGAACAACCAUGGGGUACGGCGAAGUUAGUCCGAGUACUCAAAAAUAAUUUGAGACCGGAGAUUCGGCACGAAAUUUUAAACGUGGAAGUUAGCUCCGUUUCUGAUUUGAGAGAGAUAUGUAGGCGCCGGGAAUCCUUUCUUGAAGACGUGAGGCGUACUCAUGGUUACGGCAAAAGUAAUCCAUUUAAAAGGGACGUUUCGGAGAUAAUACCUGGUGAUGAGGGAAAGCCUACUGAGUCCGAUGAUGAAGAGGCUGUAGAAGCUUUUACUCUUGUAUGUUGGAACUGCCAAGAAGAGGGACACCGCUACCAAGAAUGUGUAGAGGAACGACGGAUUUUUUGUUAUGGUUGCGGUGCGGCCGACACUUAUAAACCAAGCUGUCUAAAGUGUUCAAAAAACUUCAAAGGCAGCACUGCGAAGCCGAAGUACAGACCGAAGACUUCCAGUGCUCGACCAAAUCAAUCAACGAUUACCGAAUAGGAAGUGAGGCAUCCAUAAAUGCUUCAAGUAAUAGACCGGACGUACAAACAAACCCGGAUUUGGCUUUGUUACAUAGGAAGAUAGGUGAAAUUUCGGAAAUUAAAAUUUCGACAAGUAAUAGUAGCAAACCUUUACAACCCCCGAAAACUCGUAGCGCUGCUAGAAUGAAAUCAUUUUGGCACAAUAUUCGAAAGUUUCGUCAAGGCAUUAAGUAUGUCUGUGAACUCCAGAUGACUUCUCGAGAUCCUCGACCAUUCCUGCCAGUAAAAUUUCUAAAUCGCACCGUCUACGGGUUGCUGGACUCAGGAGCAUCUAUAUCCUGUGUAGGAGGGAGUUUAGCCAAAGAAAUAGUUGCCAGUCAAAUGGUUUACAAGCCCCUUAAGCAGAAAACGAGCACGGCUGAUGGAACUGUUCAACGGGUAUUAGGGUUAAUGAAGGUUGAGUUAGAAUUUGAAAUGUAGCGAAGUCCUUUACGAUUUAUAUUGUGCCAUCUUUGAAACAAGAUUUGUAUUUAGGGGUGGACUUUUGGAAAUCACGCCAAAGACAUUCGUCAAUAGCGUCCCUUCAGCUGGGUUUUCAGUCUAGGGUACGUUGGAUAUACCCUAGCCUGAAUGUAGCGGGGGAGCUUUGUAGCGGUGGUCUGAAGGGACUUUGAAGAAAAUCAAUAAUUUAAACGAGAUAGGUAAAAGAAGACCUCAAUAUUUGAAUGGAGUAGCCGUUGAAUUCGUUGCAGCGUUUAAAGUGAACAGAUUACGUUCUGUUAUUUUGGGACGCUUAAAUUUUAACAAUAGGUGGCGCUAGAAAACCUAGUUAUUACCGGUUAAGCUCAGCGGGAGAUUAGUCUACUCUGGUGGGGUGCUGAUCAGGGAAGAUUAGCGGGUUGAUCUAAAUAUGGAGGAUGAUUUUAGAUCGGGGGCAUUUCCGCUGCAGCUGGCUUUAAAAGCUCGGAGGCGUGCAGUUUCGCUCUCUUUUUUGUGUGCGCAGCCGUAAGGGACAGUCGCGUCUACGUUGAUUUAAAAUCGGCUUUCAGCCCUCGGAAGAUCGAUCUUUCUACGCUGGAUCCGGAGUGAACAAUGUGAGUCGUUUAGUACAUGGUUUUAUUAUAUCAUAAAUUCCCCUUAUUGAAAAUUUGCCUAUUGAGAAAUUUUAUAAGAAACUGCCCAACAUUGUAGCGCGCCUAGUCGUCUAUGCAUUUAUCAAAAUUUAAAUAACGUAAACUUAUAACAAAGCUUUAAGCUUGACUAAAAGUACACCAUUUAUCUCUCAAAUUUAGCCUAAUAGAAUACCUAAACCUCUUCAAGGUGUAUAUUUACAUAUCGAAGCCAUGCUUGUGUACUUUAUGAACACUUUAAAAAAAUUUACUUUUGAAUCCUUUUGAACAUUAGACAAAUUUAAAUCGAAAACCUUAUGAAGAAUUUUGUUUCUACUUUUUAUAUUCAAUUUGUAGCAUUAAAGUUAUCUAAGUACUUGAAUUCAUUUAUCUUUAUAUUAGCACCUAAGUCUAUUUGAAAAUUAAAUCCCGUUAAUAUUGAUCAUGAAAACUAACUAAAUCUAUAACAUCUGACCUCAGCUAAUGACCUAGCGGUCGCAGGAUAAAGGGGUCAUCAGAGCCAUUCUCAAGGAUGAUGAUCUUAGGUUGGGAGGGCAAAUUGGAGACCACAUCUACACCAGUGGUUCCGUUUAGUUUACAUCUUCGCACUCUCGUUCUUUUCUAUCCCCUUCUAUAAAAUUUGAUCUUCUAUACUUUACCGGUUCUAUCUUGCAAUCCUUAUGUCGCUAGCACGCUCAAUUUCUUGACUUUAGAUUAUUAAUUUGUAACCCGUACGAUCCG